GAUUUACACACUCCAACAACAGUCAUAACCAUGUUUCUUCCAUUGCUGCUGCUGAUCUGCUCUCUCUCUGCAUCUCAGAUUCAAGCAGAGUCUGACAAUGAACUUGGAGAAAAUUUAAGACAAACUGAGUCGACAGGAGGAGAAGCAGGAAAUGUCUCUGACCAACAACAAACGUAUAGGGAGGAUAUCCAUGCAGCGCUGAGAGAGAUGAGCGGCGUGUUGGCUGGACUGAAGGUUGAGAUGAGAUACUUGCAGCAUGAAAACGAAGAGCAGGCAGCUAAACUGGCAGAACAGGCAGCUAAACUGGCAGAACAGGCAGCUGAACUGCUCACCAUUAAAUCCAGAGCAAACACAACAGAAAACCAUGUGAAUGCUCUGAAAAGACAAGGAGAAGUGAAACGAGUGGCUUUCUCAGCGUCUUUGGUCACUUCAGGCGUAUUAAAUAUUGGGCCAUUUAAUGCAAACACGAACCUGAUCUUCAGAAACGUUGUUACAAAUGUUGGAAAUGCCUAUAACCCACACACAGGCAUUUUCACAGCCCCGGUGAGAGGAGCCUACCACUUUGAGUUCUACAUUCAUGGAUAUGGACAUCGUUCACAUCCUGUUGCUGCUAUGCUAGUCAAGAAUAGAGUCCAUGUUGUUGUUGCAUAUGAACGUCAGACUUCAGGGUUUGCUAAUCUUGCUAAUGGUGUCACUUUGCUAUUAGAGGUUGGUGAUGUUGUGUUUUUGCGUCAGCGGGAAAACACAAGGAUUUAUGAUGAUCCAGAAGGCUACACUACGUUCAGUGGUAAUCUACUUUUCAUCAUGUGAACAGUGUCAUUUUCUUAUUUUCCUUUAACUCUGUGAAUUUCAUGCAGUUCUGUACCAGAAUUCAUUAUAGUCACGAAAUAUUUUACCAAAAAACACAAUCUUACUAUCAAAAAAAGUGUUAUUUUCAUUUUCAUCAAUUUUGGAAUUUCCAUAACUGUACACUAUAAAAUACAGUGAUGAAAUGUUCAAACAAGAUGUUUCUAUGAUAUUGAUUUAGAGAAGUGGAGAAAUUUAUAGGAACAUGUUAGAAGUUACCAAGGCUUGUUGAUUGUUCUAUCUCACAAUGUUAGAUACCCUUCCUGUAUCCAGAUCAGCUUUAGAACCCACUAACAUGCUCCUUGGACCACAGUGUCCACUUACCUGUACCUGGUGUACCUAAUAAAAUCAUGUGGCCUGUGAGCUGUUACAUACAUGUGCUUGAUGUACAUCAAGAUGUGGUUUAAAUAUAGACUUUAACAUUUUGUUUAGGGGAAAGUUAGGAAUUACAGAUAUUGAAGAAAAGAAGCAAACUGAUGACCAGCUCUGAUCAAUUAGGUUCUUUUUAAAUCGACUGACUUAAUAUGUUCAAAUAUCAAGAUUGUUGUCAAAUGUCUCAAAUUAAAGUUUUAAGUUUAUUUACCCUUGA